ACAGGACAGAGGAGAGAACAGGGCUACAAUCAACAGGAUGGGAGAGAACAGGGCUACAAUCAACAGGAUGGGAGAGAACAGGGCUACAAUCAACAGGAUGGGAGAGAACAGGGCUACAAUCAACAGGACAGGGGAGAGAACAGGCCUACAAUCAACAGGACAGGGGAGAGAACAGGGCUACAAUCAACAGGACAGGGGAGAGAACAGGGCUACAAUCAACAGGACAGGGGAGAGAACAGGCCUACAAUCAACAGGAUGGGAGAGAACAGGCCUACAAUCAACAGGAUGGGAGAGAACAGGGCUACAAUCAACAGGAUGGGAGAGAACAGGGCUACAAUCAACAUGAUAGGAGAGAACAGGGCUACAAUCAACAGGAUGGGAGAGAACAGGGCUACAAUCAACAUGAUGGGAGAGAACAGGGCUACAAUCAACAGGAUGGGAGAGAACAGGGCUACAAUCAACAGGACAGGGGAGAGAACAGGCCUACAAUCAACAGGAUGGGAGAGAACAGGGCUACAAUCAACAGGACAGGGGAGAGAACAGGGCUACAAUCAACAGGACAGGGGAGAGAACAGGCCUACAAUCAACAGGACAGGGGAGAGAACAGGCCUACAAUCAACACGACAGAGGAGAGAACAGGCCUACAAUCAACAGGACAGGGGAGAGAACAGGCCUACAAUCAACAGGACAGGGGAGAGAACAGGCCUACAAUCAACACGACAGGGGAGAGAACAGGCCUACAAUCAACAGGACAGGGGAGAGAACAGGCCUACAAUCAACACGACAGAGGAGAGAACAGGCCUACAAUCAACAGGACAGGGGAGAGAACAGGCCUACAAUCAACAGGACAGGGGAGAGAACAGGCCUACAAUCAACAGGAUGGGAGAGAACAGGGCUACAAUCAACAGGACAGGGGAGAGAACAGGGCUACAAUCAACAGGACAGAGGAGAGAACAGGCCUACAAUCAACAGGAUGGGAGAGAACAGGCCUACAAUCAACAGGACAGGGGAGAGAACAGGCCUACAAUCAACAGGACAGGGGAGAGAACAGGCCUACAAUCAACAGGACAGGGGAGAGAACAGGCCUACAAUCAACAGGACAGGGGAGAGAACAGGCCUACAAUCAACAGGACAGGGGAGAGAACAGGCCUACAAUCAACAUGAUGGGAGAGAACAGGCCUACAAUCAACAGGACAGGGGAGAGAACAGGCCUACAAUCAACAGGAUGGGAGAGAACAGGGCUACAAUCAACAGGAUGGGAGAAAACAGGCCUACAAUCAACAGCUGGACCAUAGCAGGAACAACAUCUGGACCAGAGCAGGAACAACAGCUGGACCAGAGCAGGAACAACACCUGGACCAGAGCAGGAACAACAUCUGGACCAGAGCAGGAACAACAGCUGGACCAGAGCAGGAACAACAGCUGGACCAGAGCAGGAACAACAUCUGGACCAGAGCAGGAACAACAUCUGGACCAGAGCAGGAACAACAGCUGGACCAGAGCAGGAACAACAUCUGGACCAGAGCAGGAACAACAGCUGGACCAGAGCAGGAACAACAUCUGGACCAGAGCAGGAACAACAUCUGGACCAGAGCAGGAACAACAGCUGGACCAGAGCAUGAACAACAGCUGGACCAGAGCAGGAACAACAUCUGGACCAGAGCAGGAACAACAGCUGGACCAGAGCAGGAACAACAUCUGGACCAGAGCAGGAACAACAUCUGGACCAGAGCAGGAACAACAGCUGGACCAGAGCAGGAACAACAGCUGGACCAGAGCAUGAACAACAGCUGGACCAGAGCAGGAACAACAUCUGGACCAGAGCAGGAACAACAGCUGGACCAGAGCAGGAACAACAUCUGGACCAGAGCAGGAACAACAUCUGGACCAGAGCAGGAACAACAGCUGGACCAGAGCAGGAACAACAGCUGGACCAGAGCAGGAACAACAGCUGGACCAGAGCAGGAACAACAUCUGGACCAGAGCAGGAACAACAUCUGGACCAGAGCAGGAACAACAGCUGGACCAGAGCAGGAACAACAUCUGGACCAGAGCAGGAACAACAUCUGGACCAGAGCAGGAACAACAGCUGGACCAGAGCAGGAACAACAGCAUACCUACCUACAUUUCUGCUGACUCGUGGUUUUCAAAGCAAAACAUUUGCCCUAUUUUGCCCUUUUGUGUUCACAGCUAAUCUGUUUGAGUUUCCUUGUGAAAAGAAUUGUCAAGCACAUCCAUUCAAUCCAUGCAAACACACACUGAGAGGCCUUGCGAGCGCAAUAAGCUGAGACACAUGGGACGGGAGGACAUGUAUAGACAUUGGACACCGAUAUUGCAGACACACACACACACACACACACACACACACACACACACACACACACACACACACACACACACACACACACACACACACACACACACACACACACACACACACACACACACACACACACACA